GUGACUUCCGAACUCGCCGCCCAUGUCCAAUGUCCACCACAACUGCAGUCUGCAGAGCAGCCUGCCAUGAACAGACCAUUGCCCGUCGACUUUUCGACUCCAGACCGAUCCAGUGCCGUAUAUUCUGUGUCGAGCCUCCUCCCUUCGGCCCCAGAAUAGGCACAUCCUCGGAAGAAACCAGAAACCUGCACACUGUGCGCGGAAUCACAGCCCACAAUGAACGUCUUCCGCAGCAGCAGCAGCAGCAGCACUCAGGGUGCCAACAAGGGCGACACGGGCCCUCUGUUUGCGACCUACCUCCUCCCAAGCCUCAAGAUCCCCUUCUUCCGCCGCCGCCAGAGCUCCGCCACCAUCGUCUCGAUCGCCUCCUCCGCCGCCGCCAGCAAUGAUGUGCCCUCGCUGAGCACCUCGCCCACCUCGCCCACCUCGCUCACCUCCAUAGACCACCUCCCCUGCGAGACCUACUCCAUUCACCUGGACCACGACAAGCCCUUGUCCCAGCCACCCCGGCAGCCGCCCCGGACCCGCCGUAACUCGGACCGCGGCCGCCUGUCCCGCACCUUCCCGGACGUCCUGCGCUGCACCACCUGCGGCACAGACCUCGCCUACGGGCUGCAGGUCGUCUCCAAGGGCUUCACCGGCCGCCACGGCCGCGCCCUGCUCGUCUCGGCGCCCCUGCCCUCCUCCACCCCGUCCUGCCCCGGCCCGCCCCUCGCCGCCGCCGCCUCCAGCACCGCCGCCCCCGCCCCGAACCCCACCUCGUACACCUCGCUCGCCCGCGACGGCGCCAACCUCGUCAACGUCUCCGUCGGCUCGCCCGAGAAGCGGAGCCUCGUCACCGGCAUCCACGUCGUCGCCGACAUCACCUGCGCCACCUGCGCCGUCAAGAUCGGCUGGAAGUACGUCGACGCCCGCGAGCACGCCCAGAAGUACAAGGUUGGCAAGUUCAUACUCGAGACCGAGAGGGUCUCGCUGCACCGCUCCUGGGAGGACCUCCAACAGGACCACCCUGCUGCCAGCCGAGCCACCCCCCACUUUUACUCGUCCUCCGCGCCCGCCGGGUCUCUCACCAGCCCUGCCGCCAGGAGGGCCUCCGCGCUCGAUGGUGAUGGUGCCGCGCCCAAGGUGAGCUGCAGCUCGGAGGAGGCCGGUGGCCUGGGGGAUGGUCGUAGUAGUCCCGCCCAGAGCGACGGCGAGGUCAUGUUUGACUCGGACGACGAGGACGAGUGCGAGGACAUAUUUGCCGGCACCUGGGAUGCCGCCACCGUUGCGCGCCGGAGGGGCUCCAGGGUCAGCGGCGGUUAUUCCAACGCUGCAAAGAAGGGCGGCGGUCGUCGCUAGUUGGUCAUGAGCCUUGUUGCCUUUGACCAAGAGAUUCGUGUGCAUUUUACGCAUUCCGAAGGUUUGGCCUGCUUUGUUUCUUGGUUUUUUUCUUGGUUUUUUUCUUGGUUUUUUUCUUGGUUUUUUUCUUCUUCUACUAUCCUUUUUUAGAAGUGACUAUGAUGAGACAUCAGGGGGGCGUUUGGGUUUGAUUUCUAUACCAUGAUACCAGCAUAAUACCACGAGGGAAGGGGGGAUACGCCAUUUUCCUGUCAGCAUCACCGGACAGAGGCACGUUCCCAUUAAUCAGAUUGCAUUAUACAAAUCGCAUUAAUCUGUCUAUGUAAUGGACUUGUAGUCUGAGAUGGUAGCCUUGAAAAGAACACCGGCUUGCAAAGACA